UUGACUUUAAUCACCGAAGAAGAUACGAAUGAGGGAGCAUUUUUUUGUGUUUUUUGUUUGUUUUGGGGUGGCUUCAGCACUCCAUCCCAACUAUAAAAAUAUAAUUUAAUAUAAAUAUAAAAAUAUUAUAUACAAGUGUGUAUUGAGUUCUGAAUCGAGGAGCAAGAGGAACUAUUAAGUGAGUGCAGGUAAACAGUGGCGGGGUUACCAAGGAGACGUUAGCUGUGAUGCUAGCAGUUAGACGCUAACUCCUAUCUGACAUGGCGGAGCUUCACAUAAUCGGUCAGCUCGUCGGUGCUUCGGGUUUCCCUCAGAGCAGCCUCUUUUGCAAAUGGGGUGUCCACACCGGAGGAGCAUGGCGUCUUCUCUCCGGCUUGAAGCACGGUCAGACUCAAGUGGACAACCCUCAAACAGGAGACAUGGCGUACUGGAGCCACCCCAUUGACGUGCAUUACGCCACCAAGGGGCUCCAAGGCUGGCCCAAGCUUCACCUCCAGGUAUGGAACCAGGACUCCUUCGGCCGCUGCCAGCUUUUCGGGUACGGUUACUGCCACGUCCCAUCCAGCCCGGGACACCAUCGAAUAAGCUGUGCCACCUGGAGACCUCUCGGUUCCUGGCAGGAGCAGCUAUCGCAAAUGUUUGUCGGCGGAGGACUCCAGCUCAGGAGCCCGGACCUUAUCUACGGGGAGGCGGACAGGUAUAGACUGCACACCGCCGCCAUGGGGACCGUGGAGCUGGAGCUUAACAUCAUCAUGAGACACUUUGACAAAUAUGGCGUGGACACUUAAUGUUGAUCACAUUUCCCAUUCGGAUUUUUUAUUUGGACUAAAAGAUGUGUGCUUUUCUGUACUUAUUUUUUACUUUUAUAUUCAUACAAUAUGUAUUAUUAUUAUUAUUGUUGUUGUUAAUGUUAAUUUAUAUUAAUAUAAUAAUAAUAGUAUAUAAUAAUAUUAUAUCAUAUAUUAUAUAAUAAUAUUAUUAUUUUUUUAUACAAUAAUUUUGACCAAUGGACUAAAAUGUGUGUUUUUCUGUACUUAUUUUUUACUUUUAUAUUCAUACAAUAUUUAUUAUUGUUAUUAUUAUUGUUGUUGUUGUUAAUAUUAAUUUAUAUGAAUACAAUAAUAAUAUUAUAUAAUAAUAAUAAUGUAUUAUCUAAUAUUAUUAUUAUUUUUAUACAAUAAUUUUGACCAAUGGACUAAAAGAUGUGUCUUUUUUGUACUUAUUUUUUACUUUUAUAUUCAUACAAUAUUUAUUAUUAUUAUUACUGUUAAUAUUCAUAUAAUAAUAUGAUAUAAUAUAUUAUUUUUAUUACUACUAUCAUUAUACAAUAAUUCUGACCAAUUUAAAGUCAAAUAUCACACAAUAGUGUCACAUUUUAAUGAUUUUAAGAUGUGUAGCAAAGCCUGCUUUCUUUACAAAGCUGUCCACCAGUGUGUCAGUGGUGGGUGUGUCAGCCUACACUGGUGGGCUCAUCUAGCGAGAGCCAGCCAUCCCAUCACAGACUGGGGGGGAUUAAAUAAACAAGUGUGCUGUUGGUUUAAAGCUGCUCCGGGCCUUCAUUAGGAACUAAUCUUCCCCUGAAAAGGUUUUUCCUCCCCGCUGCUUCAACCUGUAUUCAGAUGCUAUGCGCUUCAUCUGCAUGACAACGUGACACAGAUUACACUAAUAGCCUUAGCAUUAAUCUGGAUCAUUAUUAUUAUUGCCGUCUUUAUCACCGUGGCUUCUUCUGGGCUCAUUUUCUACUUUGGCAGUUUUGAAGAAAGGAUGGUGAUUCUGCUUUGUGUUGUGCAGCAACUUAUGCACAUCUUGACCCAAAGACACUGAACCUCAACAACUUUUGUCAAUAUUUUUGUUUAAUUUCGAUGCAGCAUUUCACUCACUACACUUAAAUUAAUUAAGUAUUAAUGUAUUUUUUGUUUUGUUUCUUUCUCAUGAUAUUAUAAAAAACUAAAAUAUUUGUUUCCUAAUAAUGCAAUACAUAACAUUACAACUUUUGUCUCGUAAGAUUACCAUUUUUAUAUGUUAUUACUUUAAUCAUGUUUUGACCUUACUCUCAUACAAUGAUUGCUCUUUCUUCCAUAUUUCCUGUGUUUUUUUGUACUAUUCCUGUUUAAUUUUAUGUUUACAAUAUGCCGAGAGUGAUUGAAAAAGUCACUGCGGGCCACAAAUGGCCCCCGGGCUGUACUUUGGUCACUACAAGAACAUGUUUUUUUUUGUUUGUUUUGUUUUUUUGUUUGUUUUUUUCAGUGGUGUACAUUAAUUUACCCUAAUUAUGUGAUUUAGACCAUUUCAAAAGCAGGGUUACUUUAUAUUAUAUUUUGCAGUACAGUACACCAUAACUUGCAAACUACAAGCACAAUAGUAAACAUAUUGUUAAAUGAAUACUUAAAUGAAAACAAUGGAGUUUUUGAUACCUGUCUUGAUGUAUGUCUUAUAUAUCAGAUGGAUUAGAUAGUAGAAAACCUAAUUUCAUUUCAUAUAAACUAAAAUGAAAGCAGAUUAGCAUGCCCCUGUAGUCCUGCAGAGUUGUGACAUUAUUUUGUUGAACUAACCCCACUAAGAAUUCAAACGUGUUGUCUUUAAAACUCUCUCUCACACACACACGCAGCAGAUUAGCUGCUGUUUGGAACCUCAGGGGAUCUCAUUCACAUGGAAAAGAAGCACGUCUUCUUUCUCAUUGGUAGCCGGUGUCAUUAAGUCCUUGGCUCUCAUUUAAACAUGCGGUGUGGACCUGCUGCUUCACACAUUUGCUCACAUUGAAGACGCCAGGAACAUCUCAUUCAACAUACACAUUUCAAUGUGUACCUUUUGGAAAGGAGAGCUUAUUUUGUAGUUCAUAGUUAAAAAAAACAUUCAUACUAAGCCGAAGUUUUUGCAAACCAAAGUAUGUUUUCCA